AUGGUGCUCGGCGGCGCGGCUGGCAAGAGGACGCUGGACGCAUCCGCGACCAGUUCGACACAUCAACGCGGUUCUGCCGCGGGAGGAGAUGUGGGCAGUACAGCCGGGGUUACCGCGUCAGAUGCGAAGAAGCGGCCUAGGAGUGGUUCUGGUUCACUGCUGUCAGGGUCUGCUGCUGGCGGUGGCAGGGGGUUGAUGCCCGCGGCAGCAAUGUUUGAUCUGUACGCGGAUGUGCCCCCGCCGGAAGAAAAACCACCUGCCAGUGUCGAGACCCGCCACGAAGGAAAAGGGGUGGCCGAAGAUGUCAAACUGUCAUAUCCUAACGCUUCCUCGGGCAAGGGUAGUGCAGCGACGCUACUGGCAGCGUCAACGGAAGACCGAGGGGACCCGGGGUCCGCUCCCGUCGACAUGAAGAAGGCUACCGUCAGACCAGAGCUAGCACCAAAGACGAGUGCUGGGCAAACGGCAGGAGGAGGCCCGGCAACAGAGGUUGGAGCUGUCGGGACUAGCCCGGCGGGUCGAGGUGCUAAGGGGGCGGCGGUGGAUGUUUCGUUGGCCCUCGGGAAGCUUCGGCCUCAUCUUCAAGGGAGCCGUACCGGAAGCAAGAAGUUCCCGCGCGCUUGCGGCUUGCUCACGGACCUCCUGUGCGCCAAGCUUGGUCAAGAGAACGAGGAGAUAUUCUUCGGCGUUAUCUCGGACACCGUGGCGUAUCGCGGAGGUUGUGCCAAUAAUCGCGACACGGCUGCGGGGGAGCACCUUUCGUUGCUGAGGGCAAAUGGUGUCGUUGGGGAGGCCAUCAGACGCCUGGUAGCUGCCGCGAGUUCUCGAUCUUCGUGUUUUUCUGGGCAGCGGCGAGAGGCGGUGGAGUCUUGGGAAAAAGAGAUGGCGAAGUGUUGAUUAUCUCCUCGAGAGGCGAAACUUUUUCAUUCCGGUGUCUGGAGGGGUUGAAAAAGCUGUACUUGGCAGGAAGCUUCCCGCCUGUGUUUUUCAUGGUGCAGAAGGGCAAGCGUUUCCGUGACACGAAGGCGAUGUGAAUGACUUUUUUCCCUUUG